AGUACGGUGAUGAUUUGGGACAGCACUUCACUGUCACACACUUCAAGUGUACGUGCGCAAAUAGAAACAGCCUAGAUAAGCCAAUAGAGGACAACACCCAACAACAACGACAAAACAGCUGUUGAACUGAAGCCAUGAAGCAUUAAAAUACACAUUUACAUUUUUUUAGGUGUAUUUUGGUAACGUGUUCAUGAGUGCGCUGCAGAAGGUCGUUAUUUCCUCUCACUAUGAUCAGCGUCAGCAAACGAGAGAGGGAACAGAGGAGGAAGCUGCAGCACUUUUUGUCUGAUCUGGCUUUGCUGGGCUCAUUGCAGGGGUUUAAGUAUUUCCAGCCUUGGCUGAGAGGGAAGGAGGAGCUGCUGCUGACUGUUGUCAAUGAAGAUCUGGGUUGGCGUUCCCCUGGCUUCGCCGUGUCCAGAGCUUCCUCCAGCGGCAGCUCAAGCAGCAGCGCUGAUUCAACCAGCAGCAGCUCCCUCAGCCUGGCCAGUCAAGCAGCUUCCCCGCUGCCUGGCGGGCCUGAGGGUCCACCGGCUGCCCAUCCAACCCAUGCCAAGACGCACAAACACGUCGACAGCAGUGAGGAGCACCUCCUGCCAGCCUCCCCCAGUGAAGAAGAGAUAGCAGAGCCUGAAGUGAACUGCACGCUCUUCCUGCUGGCGGGCUACGUGAAGUACGGCCGUCCUCACGCCUGGAUACGCUCCAACCACGAGCGGCUGGUUAGUAUCGGCGGCAGCGACUCCAUGGUUAGAGACACGCCCGUCAAGCUCAAGUCCAUCACAGACUGGCAGGCCGGCGGUGUCCGUGUGUGGGACGUGGUCAGCGAGCUGGUGUGUCUCUGCACCGUCCCCUUCCCCUCCAACCCCUUCGCCUUGGACAUGCGCUACAUCCAAAGUCUUCCUGCGCCCGAGCGCUUCCUGGUCACGGGGGCGCUCCUCAACUUCCUGGAGACCUAUGUCGUCUACGGGAACCGUGACGAGUUGCACUAUGACAAAGUGGUGGAGGAGCUGAAGUCUCUGAGGUGUGUGCACUUCCACACCCUGCUGGAGGUGCAGAGGCUGAAGAAGAACAGCAGGUUGGUGAACACGCCCACUGAUCACCACUCUUCUGCAGAAGACCAAAAUACAUUAAAAAAUGUUUUGUCCUGUCAGUGAAGGCACCUUGAAUAAAAAAACAUGCACCUUGU